GGGGGCUGGGAAGACUGUUAUAAAGCUGGAGUGCUAGGGAGGCAGCCGUCCCCCUUCCACCAUGGCCACACACUGCCUAGUAAUGGUCCGCCAUGGUGAGAGCACAUGGAACCAAGAGAACCGAUUUUGUGGUUGGUUCGAUGCGGAGCUGAGUGAGAAGGGGGCUGAGGAAGCUAAGAGGGGAGCCCAGGCCAUCAAGGAUGCCAAGAUGGAGUUUGACAUCUGCUACACAUCAGUGCUGAAACGGGCCAUCCGCACCCUCUGGACCAUCUUGGACGGCACGGACCAAAUGUGGCUGCCUGUGGUGCGCACCUGGCGCCUUAAUGAGCGACACUAUGGUGGCCUCACAGGCCUCAACAAGGCUGAGACAGCAGCCAAGCAUGGGGAAGAACAGGUGAAAAUCUGGAGGCGCUCCUUUGACAUCCCACCACCCCCAAUGGAUGAGAAGCACCCUUACUACACUACCAUCAGCAAGGAGCGCCGCUAUGCAGGCCUGAAACCUGGAGAGCUGCCCACCUGUGAGAGCCUAAAGGACACCAUCGCCCGGGCCCUGCCCUUCUGGAAUGAGGAGAUUGCACCCCAGAUCAAGGCUGGCAAGCGAGUGCUCAUUGCAGCCCAUGGGAAUAGCCUGCGAGGCAUCGUCAAGCACCUGGAAGGGAUGUCAGACCAAGCCAUCAUGGAGCUGAACCUGCCCACGGGAAUCCCCAUUGUGUAUGAGCUGGACCAGGCACUGAAGCCCACCAAGCCCAUGAGGUUCCUGGGAGAUGAGGAGACAGUGCGGAAGGCUAUGGAGGCAGUGGCUGCCCAGGGCAAGGCUAAAUAAGGGAGGACAUAGGCAAUAAAAUCACCUCUGCACGCUACCAGCUAA